UUGUGGUCCUGAAGGCAGAGGCAGCAUGGAGGCGAGGGCUGAGAGUCGGCGAGACGCGUCGAAGGGCAGAAAGCGGCCUCGGGUCGGAAAAGGGCGGCUUGAAGGAGGCGAGGAGCGAGGCGUCCACAUGGCUGCCGCCGCGGAGGAGAUCCGUCGGGCUCAGCACUUGGCUCUCGUGGCGGAGAAGCCCGCGGCGGAGCGUGGCCUGGAGGAGCUGCUGUUUGGGGACGUGGAGGAAGGAGACGACGACCUGCAGCGUCUGCAAGGCCCGCUGGCGCAGGUCAGUGAUGUGCUCAGUGGGAAUCUCCUUGAAGGAGAAUCUGAUGACUCAGAAAUGGAGAAUGAAAUAGAAGACAACUUUCUUCCAUCUGAAAAACCAGCAUGGGUGGAUGAAGAUGAUGAAGUUGAGGAAAUAAUUGACAUGACCCAUCGAUAUCGAAAAAACAUGAUGAAAAGUGAUGCAGAAAAGAAGCUUACAAAGGAAAAACUUCAAAGAAGACUUCAAGAACAAUUUCAGAGCGCAAUGGGAGCAACCCCUUCCUGGGCACAGAGGGACAGGAAGAAGAAAGUAAGAAAAGCCAGAGAUGAAGAUGACAGCGAAGAUGAAGGGGAUGAACUAAUGCACAAGACGGGCAAUUUCGUGACAGUGUCAGACUCCUUACCAAGAGGCAUUCUACAGAUGAAAAACUGCUUGUGGGCUAAUAAUGAACGUCUGUCAGAUGCAAAACUGACAACUGUGCAGUUCCAUCCUUCUGCUCAAGUUAUUAUGACUGCUGGGCUGGAUCGGUCUGUAUCACUGUUCCAGGUGGAUGGCAUCACUAAUCCAAAGAUACAGAGCAUUCACCUGGAAAGCUUUCCAGUGUACAAGGCACGUUUUAGUGCAGAUGGAGAGCAAGUUAUUGCAACUAGCAUACACAACAAGCGGUUCUAUAUAUACGACAUGAUGGCUGGAAAAAUUAUUCCUGUAACCCAUAUCAGAGGUUUAGAGGAGAAGUUUAUCAAAAAUUUUGAAGUAUCACCAGAUGGAAGAUUCCUGCUCCUUAAUGGAACAUCAGGCUAUCUGCAUUUGUUAACAAUGAAGACGAAAGAGCUUAUUGGGAGCAUGAAAAUUAAUGGAAAGUCUAUUGAAUCAUCUUUCUCUCCAGAUAGCAGCAAAAUCUACACGCAUUCUGUUCAGGGUGAAGUUUUCAUAUGGGAUGUAAAAAGCAGACGAUGCCUAAACAGAUUUUCUGACGAAGGUAGUUUGUGUGGUACAUCUAUUGCAGUCUCCAAAAACAACCAAUAUGUGGCAUGUGGUUCCAGUUCUGGAGUUGUGAAUGUGUAUGCUCAGGACGAUUGUCUCAGAGAAACUAGUCCUAAGCCUCUUAAAGCUAUAAUGAACUUGGUCACACCUGCAACAUCAUUAUCCUUCAGUCCCACCACUGAAAUAUUGGCAAUUGCUUCUAAUAAAGUAGAUGAAGCGGUAAAGCUGGUGCACAUUCCUUCAUUUACUGUAUUCUCAAAUUUUCCGGUGUUCAGAAGAAAGUUAAUAUACUUGGCUAACUCCAUGGACUUCUCACCCAGAAGUGGAUAUUUUUCCAUAGCAAAUAGCAAAGGCAGAGCUUUAUUGUAUAGGUUGAAACACUACUCAGAUUUCUAAACUGAUAACUUUAGACUGAGAUGGUGUACCCUGUGACUUUAAGAAAGUGGAUUAACUUUUCUUCAUUGCCUUGAUGUAUUUAUACGUAUGUGCGUUUGUAGCAAUACAUAGCUUUUGAAUAACAGAAA